CAUUUACCCUUUGUUUGUACAUUAGAAUGGCCACUCCGCAGAAUGUGCUGGCAACUGCGUUUGGUGCAUAUGCCAGCGAUAACGAGGAUAGCAGCGACUUUGAGAACUCGAAAGGCACCCUGGACGAGGACGAAAACGACGAAAAGGCCAAGGAAGGAACUAUUGAAGAGGAGGAUACGGCUGAAGGCACACCUCAGGGCAGCGACACAGAGCCAGACGGCGAGCCCUCUGCAGAGUACAGCGGCGUAGACGCCGAAGCACUUUCAGGGUUUAGAGCUGUGCAGCGCGAUCUGGACAAUCUGUUGGGAAGCGACAAGGUUCCUGACUUUGCACCACUGACGAACCCAACGCCGUGCGCACCCGAACUAGCGGCCAAAUUCGAUCAGUGGCACGCAUUGAAGAACCAGGGAGCCAACUACAACGCGGUGCUGGCACGCAACAAGACACUACGCAACCCGAACAUCUACGAUCGACUGGUCGACCAUCUGAACAUUCAGGAGACAGGGUCAAACCUGCAGGUCGCCGGGUUUGAGCCGGAAACACUGCGGCAGGGCUUUGAUGCCCGUGUGCUGGCUGAGGAGCAAGAGAGGAGGGCGCGUGAGUCUGCAGUCCGCCGGGCAUCGGGGAAUACAGGCAUUAACAAGCGGAUCGAGUUCCAGCCUGCCAGCCAGAACCCUCCCCAGACACUGGCAGGCACAAACAACAAGGCAUUCAGCGAUGCCCUACAGCGGGCGCAGCUGAUCGCCCAGCACCUGUCUCGGCCCAGUAGUAACAAGUAGUGCUGCGCUCUCCUUUUUUUUCUAAAAGUGUAUCUUGCUACAUACAGGCAUCGUU